AAGCCCUAACCAAGAGAGAAUUGAAAACCCUCAGGAAAUAUGAACUCGAUAGCAAGGCAUUUGUCUUUCUUCUUUGGAAGUCAGGGCGUCAACUCGCUGAGUCGGGAGCUCCAGGCUUAUCAGAUUCAACAAUGGCGGGGGAUCCGGGUGAAGGUAUUUAAUGGAAACUUGGAGCAUGCUUUGACCGUGAUGCAGAGGAAGAUGCAAUCGAGCGGGAUCGAACGGUUGAUAAAGCGCGAGCAGCUUCACCACAUCAAGAAUUCUGAGAAGCGCGUUUUGGCACGCAAAAAUCUCCAGCGCAAGAUUAAAUCCCAGGAAUAUUGUCGUAAGCUUAAAGCCCUCCUCAUGAAGAAAGUCAGGGGUCUAUGAGAGCAGCUUUGGAGUAUCUUUCUUGGCAUGAAGGAAAUAUACAAGGUGCUUAAUUUUCAAUUGUUCUUUUGAUUCUUGCAGAGUUCAGGGGUUUCUUGCAAUUUUCAGCGCAUGUUCAUUUGGUAGCUUACAUGGCUUUGUAAUCAAUAUGCAGUUUACUUUGCUUUCGGUGAAUUUUUUAUGAAUUUCAUGCCUUUUGAGACUCCAUUCAUUACAUGCAAUGGUAUGUGAAUUUUUACCGAGGCCUGCAACAUAAAGUGAGAAACAGAGAUCACUUACCAUACUGACCAGGGAUGUCAUAAAUUGUUCAAACAGGAUCAUUUAUCUGUUUACAUAAUGCGGAUGGAAAUUUAAGAA